AUGGCCAUAGUAAUAGGGGAUCCAAUGAUGAAGAAUUUUUGGUAAUUAAGAUUAGCAAGUGAAUUGAGUUGGAUGAAGGAUUUUAGCAUUUAAUAUGAAAAAACUUAGUAUUUGGGAAACUCUGGACAUUUAAUGUAAGACAAACUUUUCAAAAUAAAGUAGAUUAUAUAAUAAUUUUUUAAAGUGGCGGAGGAUAAUACGAAGAAGAAGUUUAAGUACUGAAGGUUGCCAUUCGGUUUGAAUGA